UCAGUCAGAUAGUCAACGUUGAUAUUUUGCUUGUCGAACUAAAAACAACUAAAAUGAAUCGUUGGUUAAAUCGUGUUGCCGUAGUAACUGGCGCCAGUUCGGGCAUAGGUGCGUCAUGUUGCAAAGAUUUGGUGGCCAAGGGCAUGGUCGUGGUGGGCCUGGCUCGUCGCGAGAAUCGGCUUCAGGAGCUGAAGGCAGAGCUGCCGACGGACCAGGCGGCACGCUUCCAUUACCGCACCUGCGACGUGAGCGUGGAGCAGCAGGUGAUCGAUACCUUUGCCUGGAUCGAUAAGGAGCUGGGCGGCACAGAUGUGCUGAUUAAUAAUGCGGGCAUAGUGCGUCACACCCAAAUUAUCAGCGAGGGCAACAGCGCCGAUCUACGGGCCACAUUGGACACCAAUGUGCUGGGUGUCUCCUGGUGCACACGCGAGGCGUUCCUUUCAAUGGAGCGACGCAAGAUCAACGAUGGUCACAUACUCAUUGUCAAUAGCGUUGCCGGACACCAGGUGCCCAUUAUGCCGCAGAUGAGCUUCAAUAUGUACGCACCAUCCAAGCAUGCGAUCACCGCACUGACCGAGGUACUGCGCCAGGAGUUUCUGAACAAGGGCACCAAAACAAAGAUAACAAGCAUUAGUCCUGGCGUUGUGGAUACUGAAAUUAUUGAUAAGGACCAAUUCUCCGCCUUGGGUUUUCCCAUGUUGCGGGCCGAGGAUGUCGCCGAUGCAAUCACCUACUGCAUUCAGACACCUCCAAAUGUCCAAAUACACGAGCUCACGAUCAAACCUGUUGGUGAGAAAUUCUAAGCUCACAAAAUGGAAACAAAGAAACUAUAAUUUAAUAUAUAAAAAAAGCA